AUGUCCAUACCCACCCAACCGAACCAUGUGCCAUCAUCGAGCCACCUUACAACCUCGAAUGUGGAUGACUCUGUCGCAGCCUUCUGGGACUACCAAUUCUUGUUCGUAUCUCAACGGUCGGAGACGGAAAAGCCAGUGACCCUCCGAGUGGUUGACGGUGCAGUUCCAUCCGGCUUCCCCUCCGGCACGUAUUACCUUGCUGGUCCGGGGCUUUUCACCGAUGAUUAUGGCUCGACGGUGCACCCUCUAGAUGGUCAUGGUUACCUCAGAGCCUUCGGUUUUAACGGCCUUACGAAAGAGGUUAAGUUCAUGGCCAAGUACGUGAAAACCGAGGCGCAGGUGGAGGAGCAUGAUCCCGUAACGGACACGUGGCGGUUUACCCAUCGUGGGCCGUUCUCGGUGCUUAAAGGUGGCAAGAGGUUUGGUAAUACAAAGGUAAUGAAAAACGUAGCGAAUACCAGCGUGUUGGGGUGGGGUGGCCGGUUAUUGUGCUUCUGGGAAGGUGGAGAUCCAUACGAGAUGGAAUCUGGGACGUUGGAUACUCUCCAUAGAUUUGAUGUGAUGGACGGCUGUGAUUCGCUUUUGGAUAGCCGGAAGCAUGGGCGAAAUGAUCAUGUAUGGGAUGUAGCUGCCAGCUUAUUAAAACCCAUUCUUUAUGGUGUGUUUAAGAUGCCACCAAAGCGAUUAUUAUCUCAUUACAAAAUCGAUGCUGGAAGAAGUAGACUUCUUACAAUGUCUUGCAAUGCAGAGGAUAUGCUACUCCCAUGCAGCAAUUUUACAUUUUAUGAAUACGACUCAGAUUUCAAGUUGUUGCAGAGGCAAGAGUUCAGCAUUCCUGAUCAUUUAAUGAUCCAUGAUUGGGCCUUUACUGAUACGUAUUAUAUACUAUUCGCCAAUCGCGUCAAGCUUGAUCUCACUGGAUCAAUGAAAGCUUUAUGUGGGUUAUCUCCAAUGAUAUCAGCCUUGUCCCUAAAUCCCAGCAAACCCACUUCUCCCAUUUACUUGCUUCCUCGAUUUCCCAACCGAUCUGUUAAUGGAGGUAGAGAUUGGAGAGUGCCUAUCCAGGCUCCUUCACAGUUAUGGCUCUUACAUUUUGCCAAUGCAUUUGAGCAAAACGACACUGUUAAUGGUGAUUUAGAGAUCCAGAUAUUUGCCGUUGCUUGCUCUUACCACUGGUUCAAUUUCCAGAAAAUGUUUGGAUAUAAUUGGCAAAGUGGUAAAUUAGACCCUUCAAUUAUGAACUUAAAAGAAGGUGAAAAUGGUUUGCUACCCCACCUUGUGAAGUUAUAUAUAAAGCUGGAUGAAGAUGGAAACUGCCAAAGAUGUUGUCUAGAACCUCUAAAUGGUUGGACUAAACCAUCAGAUUUUCCUGUAAUUAACCCAAAGUUUUCUGGCAAGAAAAACACAUACAUUUAUGCAGCUACUUCUUCUGGGUCUCGCCAAAUGCUGCCUCAUUUUCCAUUUGAUAUGCUGGUCAAGCAAAAUGUCUCAAUGGGUUACGCUCGCACAUGGUCCACUGGUGCUAGAAGAUAUAUUGGUGAGCCUACGUUUGUCCCCAGUGGCAGUGAAGAAGACGAUGGAUACCUUUUACUGGUUGAGUAUGCAGUUUCAAUACAAAGGUGUUAUCUUGUUAUUCUUGAUUCUAAGAGGAUAGGAGAAAGUGAUGCGCUUGUGGCAAGGCUUGAAGUCCCAAAGAACUUAAAUUUUCCUCUUGCCUUUCAUGGAUUUGGGCCGGUGAUAGCAAGUAAUAUAUGUUCAGGGAUAUAA